AAGACAAUAGCUACCAACCCAGGCGUGUAAAGUUCAGAUCGGGUCAUUUUCGGUAACUCGAAUUCAAGGGAAGCUGGUCCAGCAAAAGACAUUUGAAUUGUGAGAGAAGUUUGUUUUCACCAAACAUUUAAAGCCAGAGACAGAGAGAUCUGAAAGGGAAAACCCAAGAAAAUCAAAGCAGAAGUACUGCAAACUGCAACAGCGGUGUAGAAACGUUCCGAGCAGACUAUUAGUAGUAUCGUAUCUGAUUUGCAAAGCUUACCGUAAAUUUGAUGGAAGCCUUGUUGAGUUCACGAAUCAUUCCGAUUCGGGCUUCUUAUAGACGAUAUUGUUCUCCUUCCUUUCCUGCAUUAUCCCUGAGAUUGAAUCAAAGUUCUCAUUCAGGUCGAGUUGGGAUGAUGAAACAUCCCAAAUCAUUGAAUUCAGUUGCUGCUUCAGUUAAACCUUUGGAGUCCAUUUUGGGGCAUAUUGACAACACGGUACCUUCUAAAGAGGUUCUUGAGCAUUGGAGAGGUGCUGAUGCCGUGUGCUUUGAUGUUGAUAGCACGGUCUGCCUCGAUGAAGGAAUUGAUGAACUUGCUGAAUUUUGUGGAGCAGGCAAGGCUGUUGCAGAAUGGACUGCUAGAGCUAUGGGUGGAUCUGUUCCUUUUGAAGAAGCAUUAGCUGCCAGACUUUCUUUGUUCAAACCCUCCCUUUGCCAGGUCCAGGAUUUUCUUGAGAAAAGACCCCCGAGAAUUUCUCCUGGCAUAGAAGAAUUGGUCAAGAGAAUGAAGGCUAAUAACGCCAGUGUCUACCUGAUAUCUGGAGGCUUUCGUCAGAUGAUCAAUCCCGUUGCAUCAAUCCUUGGAAUUCCUCAAGAAAAUAUUUUUGCCAAUCAACUGCUCUUUGGAGACUCUGGAGAGUUUCUGGGUUUUGAUGCCAAUGAACCUACUUCAAGGAGUGGAGGAAAAGCUACUGCAGUGGAACAAAUAAGGAAGGCUCAUGGAUACAAGGGAUUAGUUAUGAUUGGGGAUGGUGCCACUGAUUUAGAGGCCCGAAAACCAGGCGGUGCUGACUUAUUUAUCUGCUAUGCGGGUGUUCAGCUUCGAGAAGCUGUUGCAGCAAAAGCUGACUGGGUGGUCUUUACUUUUAAAGACCUGAUAAAUUCUUUGGAAUAGCUUGGAUUUUCAAGCUCUGUUUCCGUUCAUCUCCAUUCAUUUUUGUUCUAAAACACAUUGAAUUUAACCUAGAAUGGACUUGCAUAUCUCAUUCUAGGCUUCUGGCUAGCACUAGCAGCUCCCUUCGAGAAGUUCAAUAUGUACAAAAUAGUUAUACAAAUUGAUGGUAUUGGGAGGGGUGUAUGUAUAGUUUCCAUAUUUGUUGUUCCAUCACUUUGUAAGCAAAUCUUUCAAAGCUCAUCGUUCAUUGAGCAUUAUACUUAUUA